AAAAACAUAUCUUAAAACAUCUUUCAUUCAAGUACAGUAUAUACAAAAAGACUUCCACACAGUUAGAAAAAAAAACUCCUAUUGAUCAUCAUGUCAUCUCUCUUUGCGUCCUUCUUUGGUUGCUUUGUUCCAAAAUCAGGCUCACGUAUCAGCUCAACUGAUGCGAGUAACUUGGAAGAUUUGUCCUUGAAGAAACCAAAAAGCAAAUCUCCGAGAGCUCCUAUUGUCGUGUCUUAUUUUCCAGCAGGUUCGAACCUUUCGCGACUGUAAGUGUCGUCACAUUAGAAUUGAAGCGCAGAGAAGAUGAAGUGUUUGGAUGUUUUUUCUUUCUUUCUUCUUUUAAAACUUUUGGAUAAUGAAGUGUUGGGAUAUUGACAUGUUGUUGUUACCCGAAGGCUUUAUUUUUGUUUGUUCAUUUUAUUGUUUUGUUAUGUACAUAUAGACCACUUUAAUUAAUAGCAUCAUAUAUAUAUGUA